CCACCAUCCCCCAUCUACAGCCUUUUACUUGUCCUUCCAUCUCCAACCCCCACCACUCCUUCUUGAUCCCCACUCUCCCUCACCCCUCCUCCUCCCUCCUCAGCAGCAAUGGCCCAGCAGCAGCCCCUCACCCCCUUCGGCUCCGCCCUCGCUGGUGCCCUCGGCGCCGUCUUCUCCAAUGCCCUCGUCUACCCCCUCGACACGGCCAAGACGCGUCUCCAGGCAUCCACUACCGCCGAGCUGGCCGCGUACGAGCGCGAGGACGAGAAGGCCGCCCGCAAGGCCGGCAUGUCGGCCUUCCUCCGCCGCCGCAUUAGAAAGUGGCAGCUGAUCAACAUGGUCCUCCGCAUCAUCAAGUCCGAGGGCAUCUCGGGCGCCUUCAAGGGCUUUAGCGCGAGCAUGAUCAACUGCUUCUCCAUGCAGUUCGCCUACUUCUUCUUCCACAGCUGGCUGCGCGGGACGGCGGUGAAGAAGGCGGCUGGCGCGGGCCUGAGCACGGGCUCUGAGCUCUCGCUCGGCGCUGCGGCGGGUGCGCUCGCGCAGAUCUUCACGAUCCCCGUGGCGGUCGUGGCUACGCGGCAGCAGCUGUGGGUGCCGCCGCCGGGCGCGACGGGCAAGGCGGCGCACGAGCCGACGCUGAUGGAGACGGCGAAGAGCAUCGUCGCCGCGGGCGGCAUCACGGCCCUGUGGACGGGCCUCAAGCCGGGCCUCGUGCUGACGGUGAACCCGGCGAUCACGUACGGCGUGUUCGAGCGCGGCAAAGCGUGGCUGCUCGAGCGCUCGGGCGAGGCCAAACUCUCGGUCGGCCAGUCCUUCUUCCUCGGCAUGGCGUCCAAGACGCUCGCGACCGUCGUGACCUACCCUUACAUCUUUGCCAAGGUGCGCCUGCAAGCCGGGCCGGAGGACCACCACUGCGCCGAGCACGUCGGCGAGCUCGAGCACGUGAAAGACGGCGAGAGCUACGCCGACGCCGUCAAGCACGGCGCGCACCGCCGCCCCACCGGCGCCAUCGAGCUCCUCAAGCAGGUGUACCGUGAAGAGGGCUUUGCCGGGUGGUACCAGGGCAUGUCGGCGCAGAUCUUCAAGGCCGUCCUGUGCCAGGGCAUUCUGUUUGUCUGCAAGGACAGCUUCGAGGACCAGGCGCGCGUCAUCCUCGCCGCCGCAGACAAGCUCAAGGAGAAGCACCGCGUCAUCAUCGCAAAGGCUUAGCCAAGCCCCUAGUAGCUAGUGGGAGGAUAUACCCUGUCGCUAUCUCGCCAUCUCGCCAUCUCUACCACACACCCAAAACAAAGUCUAGUAUAUAGCACAUCUUGUAUGCAGCAGUCCAUGGAGCCGCA